AAAAAUAAGCUAUGAUGCAUUAGGUAUUCGGCAAAAGCAUAUAUUCCUCGAUAUAGCUUGUCUUUUCGCUGGAUAUGACAAAGAAAUUGUGGUUCAUUUCUGGGAGGAAUCUGAUUUUUUUCCGGAAGUAGCCAUGAAAGUUUUGCAGAACAUGUCCUUGAUAAAGAUUAAUGAGGAUAAUGAAGUGUGGAUGCACGACCAACUCCGAGAGCUUGGAAGAGAAAUAGUUCUUGAAGAAUGUGACAUGCAAAUGAAGAAGCAAACAAGGGUAUGGGAUCCUAAAAAAGGGUUGGAUUUGCUGAGGAGACAUAAGGGAAAUAAAGAAGUUGAAGCUCUUCGUCUCAACUUUGACCAUCGACCGAAGUAUCGUUUUAACUAUGAGGGCUUUGAGAGUCUAUCAAAUCUAAGGUUCCUUGGAGUGGGUGGUUCGAAGGGAAAUUUUCUUGCAGAACCGAAGCUUCUUUGGCAUGAAUCUCCAUCAAAUGCUCCUCCAACUAAUGAGAAUUCAGAUCUCCUUCUACAAUUACGAUGGCUUUCAUGGGUUGAUAUUCCCCUAACAUUUAACAUUAAAAAUUUCUCUAUGGAGGAUGUGGUUAUACUUGAUCUAUCUGGGAGUGAAAUUACGGGUGAUUGGGAGGGCUGGAGCCACAUGAAGGUGAUGGAGAAUUUGAAAGUUAUGGAUUUGUCCAAUUGCCAACGCUUGAAGAGAACCCCCGAAUUCUCUGCUAUUUCAAAUUUAGAACGUUUGAUCCUACGGGGCUGUAGCGAAUUAGUCGAAAUCCAUGGGUCGAUUUCUCAUUUGAAAAGCUUAGUUUCCUUAGAUGUAAGGGAAUGUAUGAGUCUUGAGAGGCUGCCAAAAGCUCUUGGUGAACUAAAAGACUUGAAAGAACUCCGGAUUGAUGUCACUAGGAUCCAGGAAAUCCCUAAUAUUGGAGGAAUGAGGAAUUUAAGGAUUUUCACGGCAUCUUACUGCCGAGGACUUGCACUUCCCCCCACAAUCGGAGAUCUUGCGAGCCUUGAAUACCUAUGUCUGACAGAGUGCAGCUCUUUGGAGCGGCUUCCGGAUACCAUUGGGAAUUUGGAAUCGCUCAUUAAGUUGGAUAUAUACCCGUCCAACAUCAGAGAACUACCCGAUUCCAUCGGAAGAUUGAAAAAUUUGAAAGUAGUGAAGAUGAUGAGCGAUUCCACAAGCAAAAUACCUGAUUCCUUUUGGGAGAUUGAGAAGCUCGAAGAAAUACAAGUCACGCAUCCAGGGGGUAGCGAGUCCGCCCUUGCUGAAAUUGACAAUUGCCUUGACAGAAGGACGAUGGAGAUUGUCAAAAUAGCACUAUCCUCGGAUAUAGAGGUUGGCGAGGGAUUCCGUGUUAAAAUUGGCAGUCCCAUCUACAGGAAUCAAUCCCUGAGGAUAUUGAGAUUGAGUGGUGCUAAAAUAGAAGCGCUACCGAAGCUUCCUGAAAGUCUUGUUGCUCUAGAAUUGGAUAAAUUGCAUAUGAAGACGUUUCCAGGUCUGUCAAACCUGACUAACUUGAAGGAAUUGCGGCUGCGGUUUGGCCCGUGCGACGAUGAUGGGGGGUCUGCAGCGCCUGUGGAAGAAGAUCCGGGGCUUGGGAAUUUACGCAAACUGGAGUCUCUGAGCCUGACCUCUGAUUAUGUGACCACCUUACCCACAGGUAUUAGUCUCCUUCCUCGACUCCGAAAGCUUGAGAUCCGCUGCCGCAAUCUGCAUUGCCUCCCGAGCCUUCCCUCCAGUUUGUUAUCCUUGUUUUUGGAGUCCGAAUGCUUGACCACCUUACCCACAGAUAUUAGUAGUCUCCUUCCUCGACUCCAAACACUUGACCUCAAAUGCCCUGAUCUGCGUCGCCUCCCAAGCCUUCCCUCCAGUUUAUUAUCCUUAAGUUUGACCCCUCACAAGUCAUUUUGUUCCCUGGACCUAUCGAAUUCGAAGAAACUGUCAAAUCUUCGGGUUGCUGACUGUGCAAUCUCAGAGAUUCGAGGCCUUGAUCAUCUGCAGAACCUACAAGAUUUGCAUCUUAAGGAACUCAAACAGGUGAAGAUGUUACCAGCUCUAAGUAAUUUUAACAAGCUAAGUUCUCUUACAGUACACGAUUGUCGUAACCUGGUUGAGAUUCAAGGUGAACUACCACCAUCUUUGGCAACUUUGGAAAUUUCUGGAUGCCGAUCUUUACGGACGUUGCCCGAUCUGUCGAGCCUGAUGGGACUGCUACUGGUUGAAAUAAAACGUUGCCGGAGUUUAAAUGUGGAGGCAAUUUCUUCGCUUUGCUCGAAGAAGGACGUCACAUUUCUGGGAGAUGAGGACGACGAAUUGGGAUUCCCAUUUGAAUAUGAAUCUGAGGGAGAAGACGACGAAGGGUUCGGAGAUAUGAACAGAGAAGCCAUACAGGCAUAUUUUAAUGACCUUUUUGCGAGUUUUGGGCUGCAAAACUGAUGCAGGCAGCUGUGGCUACUUGGGCAACUGUGCAAAUGAAGGCCGAAUGAAGGAUGAAGGAUGAUAUAUUUAAUGUGGCUGUAAUCCCUUUCACAAUCUUGGGGUGGUAAACUGUGUAUUCAUCUAUUGAGAGUCAGAAACCUGAAGAUAAGUGAGGGAAGUCGUUAG